UUAGAGAUCCCUCUUCUUAGAUCUUUGGAUAUAGAUGAGGUGAGCCUUUGCUUGGGCAUCCAUAUGGAUUAUAUGUCACUAUCAGCUGUUUCUUUAUCAGUGCUAUCAAGGUGUUUACAGCUCUGUGCUAAGGACGGAUUGGAAUUACCUUGUGCCAGCAGCGGCACUGGGGAGCAGCGUGCUACAUCCUGACUCGGACUCGGCUCUAGCCCCGACCCGGCGAACUGCGGAGAUGGCGAAGUACACAAGAGGCACUGUGACAGCAUUCUCUCCUUUUGAUGCCAGAGCUGAUGCAGAAGCCCUUCGCAAGGCCAUGAAGGGAAUGGGGACUGAUGAAGAGACUAUUCUGAAGAUCCUUACCAGCAGAAAUAAUGCUCAACGUCAAGAAAUUGCAUCUGCUUUUAAGACACUAUUUGGCAGGGAUCUUGUGGAUGACCUGAAAUCAGAACUUACUGGCAAGUUUGAAACAUUGAUGGUAUCUUUGAUGAGACCAGCACGUAUUUUUGAUGCUCAUGCACUGAAGCAUGCAAUCAAGGGAGCAGGAACCAAUGAGAAAGUGUUGACUGAAAUUCUUGCCUCAAGAACACCUGCUGAAGUGCAGAAUAUUAAACAGGUUUAUAUGCAAGAAUAUGAGGCCAACUUGGAAGAUAAGAUCACAGGAGAGACAUCAGGACAUUUUCAGAGACUGCUGGUGGUCCUGUUGCAGGGAAAUAGAGAUCCUGAUGGCAGAGUUGAUGAGGCUCUUGUUGAGAAGGAUGCUCAGGUCUUGUUUAGAGCUGGGGAGCUGAAAUGGGGUACAGAUGAAGAAACAUUCAUCACCAUCUUGGGAACUCGAAGUGUUUCUCAUUUAAGGAGGGUGUUUGACAAAUACAUGACUAUUUCUGGCUUUCAAAUUGAAGAAACCAUUGACCGUGAAACCUCUGGUGAUUUGGAGAAGUUGCUUUUGGCAGUUGUGAAAUGCAUCCGAAGUGUGCCUGCCUAUUUUGCUGAAACUUUGUAUUAUUCCAUGAAAGGGGCUGGCACUGAUGAUGAUACCCUGAUCAGAGUCAUGGUUUCAAGAAGUGAAAUUGAUCUGUUGGAUAUUAGACAUGAAUUCAGAAAGAAUUUUGCGAAAUCGUUGCAUCAGAUGAUUCAGAAAGAUACGUCUGGGGACUACAGGAAGGCACUCCUGCUCCUCUGUGGUGGAGAUGAUGAGUAAUGGUGGCAGAAACAUGAAGGAUUUCUUGUGCUCCAGCUUUGCAGCCCUUUAGUUAGCAUGCCUAGCUAAGAUUUUGCAUCUUAAUGCUUUAUGGCUGUUUGAAUUUAUAUUCGUAUCGCACUUAUUAAAAACAAACAUGUUACUACCCAGCUGAUAAACAGUCUCUCUUCCUUAGACAUCCCAACCUCUGGGAAUUUCAAGUGCCUUCUGAGUGUAUGCGAAAGUCUUCUUCAUGGAAGAUGAGUACUGAACACAGAACCCAGUUAUUUGCAAGUGUUUUGCUGAAACAUAGAGAAAAAAAAAAUCAUGUAUUUCCACUAAUAAUGUAUUUCCAUUAAUAAUUUAAAGACUUUUUUUUUUGCUUUUAUUCCUUAAAUUUCCACUGAAUCUUAAACUAGUUCUAACACUGCAAAUGAAGAGAAGAUAUCCUUUGUAUGUAAUAUCUGAAUGAAUUUGUAGAACAUAAUGCAAGCAGUCAUUGGAAAUCUAAAGAAUCAAUAAAUUUUUUCCCUCUUG